UAAUGAACUUUCCAAAGUUCUAUGGGGUCCUACAACGUUUUUCCACUUAGAUACAGAUCAAGGGCACAGAAAAGUUACAGCGACCCUGGUUUCACUCUUUUCUUUGGCUCUACCUGCUGCAGCCUGUGCUUCUGAAACUGGCAAUUUACUUUCUUUCUUUUUUUUUUUUAUUCCUUUAAAUUUCUGGCCUGCAUCCAACAAGCCAGAAGCUUGCGGGGCAUAUGGAACGUCGCUGCUCUCAGGAGCACGCCAGGCACUUUUAAGGAAAACUAUGCACUUGGAUCCUGUUGAAUCAUGGCAACGAUUCCGGCGUUCCUGAGACAAUUAGAAGCAAGGAAAGUUCCGGGAGGCUGCAGAAGAACACACGCUUCCUUUGGAAGAGAAUCAGGUGCAAAUGCUGUCAGGCUGCCCAAAUGAAAAAAGUGCUCACUUGGAGCCGAAGACUUGCCCAGCCAGUGAUCCAAGAGCCAGGAGUUUAAAUCCAGAGCAAGAUGCUGUGGGAUCAAAUGCUCCGACGGUUUUAGAGGCGCAGACUUCAGAUGAAAAGCUUCAAAACCUGACAGUUCAUACAGAAACAGAGGAGAUUGUUAUUAAAAUAUUGCUAGAGGAAGAGAAGGAGGAUCAGAAGACUUUGAAACAAACAGAGAAGAAAGAUAUUACAAGAGGCACAGAGAUAAAAGCAGAAGAAAACAUUUUAAAGUCUCUGAAAAAGAAGAAAGGAACCAUUUCAAAAUCUGCAGAAACAAAACUUGCUGGAACAAUUUUAAGCUCCAAAGAGAAUAGUGAAGGAAUUGUUAUAAAUUUGCAUGAAAAGGACCACCAAGGAACUAUUUUAAAUACUACUGAGAAGACGGAGCAAGGGCCCGUUCUAAGUUCCUGUGAAAAUAAAAUUGAAGAGGAAAAAAAACAUGGAACAAUUUUAAACGAUCAAAAGGAUGAGGAUGGAAUGAUUCUCAAGAACUCAAGCAGAACUCCAGAAUAUAAAGCAGAAAGUAAUAUUGAAAUGUCUGUAGAGGUUAAAAACAAAGUAGUUAAAGACAAAGUAGCCAUUAACUCCCUCGAGGGAAAGACACAAGAGAUAAGUAACAGUUUAAACAUGACCUUUGACAAAAUGGAAGAGAAGCAAAAGGAAAGCCUGGAGGAAGAAACAAAGAGAAAAGACUUGGAGAUCAGCACAAUCUCAAUGAAACUUGAAGAACAACAAUCUGUGUCCAUGGAUUUGCAAAGGAAGAACAAGGAAUUCCUAGCUCACAUUGAAGAGCUAGAAGAGGAGCUGGAGGCAGAAAGGAAUAUAAGAGCCAAGAUUGAAAAGCAACGGUUGGACCUGUGCAAUGAAGUCGAUGAUCUCCAUGACAAGCUUGAAGAGCUUGGAGGAUCUGCUGCAUCUCAGGUUGAGAUUAACAAAAAACGUGAAGCUGAACUUGCACACUUACGGCAAGAACUGGAAGAAGCGUUGCUCCAAUCAGAAGCUACGACUUCAGCACUACGGAAAAAACAUGCCGCGUCAUUGGUCGAAGCAACGGAACAACACGAAAGCAUGCAAAGAGUGCGGAUGAAGCUGGAAAAAGAGAAACAGAAUUUGAAAGGGGAAAUUGAAGAACUUGCAGUAACAAAUGAGAACCUUCAGAAGGCAAAGGCGAGUAGUGAUGCCCAGCUCCGGAAGAUGGAAGAUUUGCUUUCAGAAGCAAAUUUUAAAAACGAAGAGCUUCAAAAAUUAGUCACAGAUCAAAAUAAUUCCAAGAACAAGCUUUUAGUAGAAAACAGCGAUUUGACCCAUCAAGUGGAAGAACUUGAAAACAGGAUUUCUCAACUCAAUCGGACAAAGCUGCUACUCGCAUCUCAAACUGAAGAGCUAAAAAAGCAAGUUGAUGAAGAAUCUAAGGUAAAGACUACAGCAAUGGGCAACCUGGCCAACCUCAAGCUUGAGUGUGAGUUGUUAAAAGAGCAGCUCGAGGAAGAGCUGGAGAGCAAAUCAGAGCUCCAGAGACAGAUAUCGAAACUCAACAGUGACAACACCCACUGGAGAACACGUUAUGAGAAUGAAGCAAUACACCGAACAGAGGAACUGGAAGAGACAAAGAAAAAGUUGACGACACGCUUACAAGAAGCAGAAGAAGCCGUCGAGGCAACUCAGAUCAAAUGUUCUAAUUUGGAAAAAACAAAACAGAGGCUUCAGGUAGAGAUAGAAGAUGUCUGCAUGGAUCUUGAAAAGGCAAACGCAGCAGCAGAGGCCCUAGACAAGAAACAGCGGAUGAUUGACAAGCAGAUAAUCGAGUGGAGACAAAAAUUUGAGGAAGUUCAAAGCAACCUGGAAACGUCACAGAAGGAAUGUCGCCUCUACACUACAGAACUAUUCAAGAUUAAAACUGCCUUUGAAGAGACCCAUGAGCAUGUCAUAGCACUCAAGAGAGAGAAUAAGGUAUUGCAAGAAGAGAUUGCUGAUCUGUCUGAGCAACUCAGGGAUAGUGGGAAAAACACCCUUGAACUUCAGAAAUCAAAGAAGAAAUCAGAAAUGGAAAAAGAAGAAAUGCAAGUGGCUUAUGAAGAAGCAGAGGCUGCUUUAGAGGUUGAAGAGGCCAAAGUAGCUAGACUGCAGCUAGACAUCACACAGCUAAAGGCAGACAUUGACAGAAGAGUCCAAGAUAAAGAGGAGGAAUUAGAAGCAACCAGGAAGAACCAUCAACGCACUCUUGAAUCCUUACAGGCCAGCUUGGACACAGAAGUGAAAGGACGCACCGAAGUCACAAGGCUGAAAAAAAAGUUAGAAAGUGAUAUUAAUGAAUUGGAGAUACAGCUAGAAAAUUCAAAUAAAAACACAGGAGAAUUGAUGAAGUUGGUAAAAAAACAACAGCUACAGCUGAAGGACCUGCAAACACAGAUGGAAGAAGAAGCCCGUCAACACGAACAAGUGGUUGAAGAGCAGAAUUUGCUGGAAAGACGGAAUGGCAUGCUAGUAUCUGAACUGGAGGAGUUAAGGAAUGCUAUUGAGGCAUCAGAUCGGUCCCGGAAGGCGCAAGAACAGGAGCUGAUGGAAAUAAAUGAGAAAUGCAAUGAGUUCCAAAACCAACUCCAGUGCGUAUCUCUUUCAAAAAAGAAGCAAGAUGCCAACCUGCAGCAGGUAACUGCCGAGAAAGAAGAUUUAUUAAAUGAGCUGCGGCAUGCUGAAGAGAGAGCUAAGAAAUCUGCAACGGAGGCUUCAAGAAUGGCAGAUGAACUGCACCAUGAACAAGGCCUCACACACCACUUACAGAAGAUAAAGAAAGGACUAGAGAAUCAGAUUAGAGAACUAAAUGCCAAAAUUGAGGAAGCUGAGCAGAUGACCUUAAAAGAUGAAAAAAAGUUCAUUCAGAAACUGGAAGGAAAGGUAAAAGAACUUGAGACAGAACUGGACUUUGAGCAGAAAAAACACGCAGAAACGACUAAGACUUUAAAAAAAUACGAAAGGCGUAUGAAGGAGCUAAUCUUUCAGGCAGAAGAAGAUCAGAAGACUCAGCAGCGGACCCAAGACCUUGUUGAGAGGCUGCAGAGCAAACUGAAGACGUACAAGAGAAUGGCAGAAGAAGCGGAGGAACAAGCAAACCUGAACCUAAACAAAUAUAGAAAGACCAUAAACGAACUUGAUGAUGCAGAAGAGAGAGCAGAUAUUGCAGAGUCUGCACUUUCUAAAAUCCGCACAAAGAACAGAGCUAGUUUUGGUAAAGGCUUCUCCUCGGGCUGUGCCUCCCCAUUGGCUAUUCUUGUCAGAUCCCCCAGCUUAACAGGAUUGGAUGGUCGGGUUGAGAAGACGGAGGAGGAAACAACAUCACUAAUUCCUGCUUAUCUGGACUCACUGAAGAAAUUAAUGGCAGAAUAGCUUUGUGUGAGGUAUUCAUGGGUACUCACUUUAGGCAUAAACAAUGCUUUAUCCAAAAAACCAACCUAAGUGUUGUUGCCUUAAUGAAAACAUUAAAUAAUAAUAUACUUUGAACUUGUAUAAAUUUGCACAAAAUGUCAAACAUGUUCAAAAAGGAAAAUAGUUCCUAAAAUGCAGUUAAACUGAGUGUAAUACUACAUGCAUAUCCUUGGACAUUUGCAGAAAGGAAGCCAUUUAUUCCAAUGUGUAUUUGAAACUGAGCCUCACAUUUCAUGUAUUUCUCAACACAGUAGCUCAUCUGAACUUUGGAAAAAGUUGAAAGAUACAGCUCAGAAAGCUAGAUUAAAGUGCAUACGACUACAUAAAGGGGUAUAAUACACAAAAGCUAUGAAUAUCUUGUAAAUUAUAUCCUUAUAAAUGGUGAGUUCUGAUGUCAUCAGUUAU